AUGUCUGGAAUUGGGGAAAAAGAUGGGGAAGAAGAAAGAUAUAAACAAUUCUUUGUUUGUAAAGAAAGCUCUAUUUUUACAAAUAAAUUUCCAUUAAUAAAUAGACAAACUGCUUAUCAAUUUGUUGCUGGCAUUCAAAUUGCUUUUAGUUUUCUUUCAAUACUUUUAAUUGUUCUAAGUUUACCAUUAAUGCAUAGCAGAACACAGACAACAUUAAAUUAUGUAAAUGCAGAAAUUAAUUUUUGUGAGCGUUCACUUUUGGAAGCCCAAAAACAAUUAGAAAUGCGUAGAAUUGGUGGAAGAACUCCGGGAAAACCCGGUCCUGCUGGAAAGCCAGGUAUUCCUGGUACUUCUCCCAAUCAGACUUGUCCUCUUGCACCACGCAGAGAACCACCACCUUGCCGGCCAUGUCCAAAAGGGCCACCAGGCAUUAAAGGCUGGCCAGGUUUUCCUGGCGAUGUUGGCCCUGUUGGUCCACCUGGAGAGAAGGGACGUGAUGGGGAUGAUGGGGCACCAGGAGAACCAGGCCCUCAAGGCCCGCCUGGUUUUAAAGGUCCGCCAGGCCCGCCUGGAGAUAAAGGAGAAACUCCCCAUGGAGAAGUUAGGGAAGGUCCGCCUGGAGAUCUCGGACCGCCUGGUCCCAUUGGGGCUUCAGGAGUGCCUGGAUUACCUGGUCGAAAUGGAAUGACUGGACCUUCUGGAGGAGAGCCUGGAGAGCCAGGUUAUCCAGGACCUGAAGGCCCUACAGGAAUUCAAGGACCUCCUGGCCAACCGGGUGUUUGUGUAUGUCAAAAUGUUGAUUCUGUUAUUGUUGCUGGACCAGAUCCUUCACAGCCACGUUUUUCUGAUCAGCAAAAUUAUGCAUAUCCGUCUUAUAACAACGCUGAAGAAGGAGGAAGUGGUGGAAGUUCUAUUUAUGGAUAA